AUGGCAACUUGGCCCCCAUCUCCCAUAGUCGAGGACGAAGCGACUUCCUUGGCUAAAGAGUAUGGGAUCGAGAGUGAUGCAGCGAGACUCGCAGAAGAUCAGCCUGCUCAAAGCCGAGGUUCUAUGGAUCAGCUGCCUGUCAUCCUUGAUACCGAGAAUAACACUGAAAACGUGUCUGGGAGAACUGCUAGCGUUGUUCCCACUGCCAUGAAUUCUAAGCGAGCACAGCAGCUGUCUACCGCCACCGAUGUUCAAACCGAGACAGGCCUGCCCACACCGCCCCCUUCAGAUAACGAAACCCGAGGUCGGGCUCGCCCUUCCGACUUGAGAAAGAUCAGCGACGAGCCUCCCUCCUCGAGAUCGAAAUCGACCAUGACAAGGGGUCUGUCCACUAAUACACGGCCUUCAAUCUCAAGAAUCGCUACGGAUAUGAAUGACGAGCUUCGGCGAAUGCAGUCCGGUUCGCGACGAGCCCCAUCUCCAUAUUCUUACACGCCCGAGGCGGGCACCUUCAGAGUUGACUAUCCAAGACAUGCUGACGAUUCCUUGCUUUCACCACACCGUGUGACGCAGUCACCACAAUCGAUACAGAGACCUCGUUGGGACCACGAGCGGCACAAAUUGCAGCAACACUACUACGAAAGCUCUUCAGACUCAGGCGCGGGAAGCAAGAGCAAGAAGUCUCUUCGCUUUGCAGAAAAACAUCAGGGUCCGACACGCUAUUCGACUCUUUCGGACGACCAUCAUAUAGACUCACGUCAAUGUACAGAAGACCCCAAGCACUACACGCAGAGACAACCUCGUGGUGAAUCGCAAACUUCCGCAAAGCAGGGGUCGUCGGCCAGCGAUUCAAGGAAGACAGCUUCAACCCAGAGGAAAUUUAGCCGAUCCAGAAGUCGACCGAGGCCGAUUCGUGACAGUUCUGAGCCAGCUUGCUAUUCUUCGACCGACGAAGCGCCCGGAAAUGGUCAGUUCAGGAGUACAAGGAAAGCCGGUUCUGACGGUCAUUCUGUACGACGUCGACCGUCCCACAGGCAUGAAGCGUCCCGGUUGGAGAUGCCUCUUCUUCAACAGAGCCACAUGCAAGGCAAGCCGAGCUUGUCAGACGACGAUUCUAGAAAGCGUGUUUAUCGCGUCAGGGAAGAUCAGAACUCUAUGACACCCCCUGUCGUCACACCUCGUCAAGCAGAGGACUAUUUCAGCAAUGCAUUCCCUCAAAAUGCACUGCAACCGUCCAGAUAUAUUCCCCGUACCUCGAUUGAGGAAAUCGCUGUCUACUCUGCACCCUCGAGUCCGCCGCGUACACCGAGAAGUGAGCGUGCUACCUGGCAGGACUCUUAUGGAACCCCCUCCCUAUCACCUUCCUGGACUCCUCAGCGUUCGAGGCCACCGUCCCUCGAAGAAAGCCAAGUUAGGGAGCUGAGAGCGCAUACUUCUCUGUUGUCUCAGGCGACCUCAACAGCCGCGGCCGCUGCUCAAGCCAAGAGGUCACCUCCUACCAUUUCCAGGUCAACGUCGAACGCCACAGAGACGACGUUGGCUGGUACGAGUCAUGCACCGUCUGUCAAACCUAGAUCACGAGCUUCUUCUCCUCAAGGAGAGAGACUACAUCCUUCUGAUAUAUUCACUUAUGGGGAACAAGCAAUGCCACGUGUUGCCUAUCCUCCAGUGCCGCAAUCCCGCUAUCCAAGCACACGAGACGGUCCUCCUAAAGUCGAGUUCACCCACAUGCAUUCAUCCAUCCAACCACAACGCAAUGCAUCGUGGACUGGGUAUGAUCACCAGUAUCUUGCCAACAUCGGUGUGCCUCUACACAGCAUGGGUGCAGCCAAUGCCAUGCCACCAGCUCUGCAUCUUAGAGUGGCGCCACAGAUGCAGAGAUCGCAAUCAGCAAGCACGCCAGAGGAGCUAGCUCACAAGCCUAAGAGCUUUAGCCUGCCUCAGUGUCCUCGCGCACAGCCCAUACAAGGUCUUCGUGAUUGGUUGACGAUCAAGGACAUGCCCGAGUUACAUGUUUGUCCGACGUGCGCGUAUGCAAUUUCCUCUACACGUUACCGAUCGCUUCUGGUGCGGAACUCAGACAACCGUCACGACAAGGCAAUCGUGUGUGCGUUUAGCCGAACCUGGAUUCGUGUGGCCUUUUGCCAAAGUGUCAAGUUAAACAAACCCGACUUGACCAUAGUCGAGAAAACUAAUACUUUACUUACACAUACUCGUCCCUGUGAGGGCUCACGGGCGAGUGUUCGAAUGUGGCGGAAAUUGAUUGACCCUUCCACUGGCAUGGCGGUGCCAGGCUUCUUUGCUUGUGAAGCCUGUGUCAGCUUGAUGUUCCUGGUCUUCCCGGAGCUGCCCGAUCAAUUUGAGCGUGAUGUUCUUCAUCAGGAGAAAGUGUGUGGUUUACAUCAGGGUAGUAGGAGUUUUAAUGCGACGAUGGAACAGCUUGACCAGAUUUCCGAGAAGUGCAGAUACAGAGGUAAAAGCAGUAUUAGGUACCUGCAGCCUUUUGUUGACCACAUCCGAAGAACUACCCGAUAUCCUGAAUGUGCUGAGGACAAGCUCCUGGUCAAUCGUCCCUGGCAUUACAUGGCUGAUCUGCCUGAGUUCACGAUUUGUGAGGCAUGCUACGACGAAGUAGUCCGGCCUCAACGUGACAAGCCACGAGCGAGAGACAUUUCUCAGACCACCAAGAUUGUCCCUCAGUCAGCCGUCAAAGGUCUCACAACCAGCAAUGGCCUGGGUACGCAACCACUCAGCUGUCAGUUAUACAGUGAAAGGAUGAGGCGACUCUUUUACGAUUUCAUUCUUAAUAAAACUUCAUUCGAGACAUUUGAAAUAAAGGUCAAGGAGAGAUGCGCAGCACAACACAGGCUCACAGAGAUAAACAAAUACUAUGAAGCGGAUCAGAGGAUUGGGUUCGAUCGACGGGCGGACGUUGAAAAGAACAAACUUUAUUGGAAGAGUCUAGAAUAA